AACUAGCAGGCUGCGCACGCAGCAGCAACCAGAUGUGGCCUGGACAAGGUUCCAAAAGCCAAGACAAAAUAACAACGGCCAGCUGCGUAGUUUGAAAGUGUUGGAAGCGUCAUUAAUUUGUUUGUACGAAGCAAUAAUGCAAUCGGAGCUGAGUAUUCGUCUUAAUGACGAAGGAUACAAAAACUGGAUUAAAGCAGGCUUCUGUCUGCAGAAAAUCAGAGAUUGCCUACUCGGCUUCGUCAAUACAGAAAUGGAAAAGUUCCACCAUUUUCUCCUUCAAACCAACUCGUUGCUGGGACAAGAAAUUUGCAAGAAUUUUUGCAGACCUCAAGGAACAAAAUUUCAGAGGGCCUGUUUUUUGUGUGAAGAAUGGAAGAAGGAAAUUCUGAACCAUCAUACAAACCAAAACAACGUGAUAUAUUGGGGUAACUGCUCUCCUCAGCUAUGGCCUAACUGUGCCUGGGAAGUGGCAAAAGUCUAUAUGCCUCGUGGACAGGCCAACAGACAGGGGCCAGAAAAAUCUGAUGCGGCAGCUCUGUUGAAUCUUAUUAACUCCUGUGAUCAGUUUAACUUUGUUGAACGGCAAAAAGUAAUUGAGAUAAUUAAAUGUCGCAAUGACUUGAUGCAUUCUGUCGAAAUGAGAGUGUCUGCCGAAUGGUUAGAUAACUGUAGAAAGAAGAUCCUUGUACUUCUACAGGAAUUUCAACAUGUCCCUGAAGCAAAAGCAGCCAACAAAAUUAUACAAGAGAUUGUAUCAUCUGACUGGCGAGUUCAGAUAACGGCAACUGAUGAAGUGGAUGCAUUGAAGUUUACAGAUGAGGAGAUCAAUGCUGGCCAGAUCUUCAAUGCUGAAUUAGAACUGAUUCGAGAAUGGGUGGAGGAGCUAGGUUUCACAGUGGAAGAACAAGAGGCUUUGCACUUACAGCACUUAAACAGUUUGAAUACAUUCAAAGAAUUUUUGAAACAAAAUAAUGAACUUAAAAGUGUACUUCACAAGGAAAUUGAGCAAUUGCAUACUCUUGAAAAAAAGUUGAAAAGUGGCAAGAGGACUGUGAAAGAUCAAGAUGGAGAGGAGUCAAACCUAGAGGAAAAUGAAGAUAUAAAGACAUCUUCAUGAUGCUGACACUAUGAUUAAUGAUUGCACUUGGACUUAUAUUUGGAAACUAUUAUGGUGAACAAGUUCGAGUACAGCAUUGCAUCUUUGCCGAUGGAGUCAGAAGGCAAACUGUGAUUAUACAAGAUGGUUCAUUAUUAAUCCAAGAAUGGAGAAUAAAACUUUCCGUCAACAUUACGUGGAUGCCAGGGACUACGCUUAGUCCUGGAGUGAACUGGGGUCAUUGGUGGAGUACAAAUAAUGUUUGUUGAAUUGUAAAUGAGAAAUCAAAGAAAUUUAAUCAUUCUCAAGGAUGGGACUAUUGAAUAUGUUAGUUGUGUAUACAUAUAUGUAGAAUUAUGAUUUGGUUUAAUCCCUUAUGUGUAAAGCUUUUGAAAUGCUUAAAAUCUGUUCAUUCUAAUUAUGCUUUAGGAUUUGACUUGUCAGGAUACAGUUUAGCUGACACUAUAGUUUAGGUGUUUGUAAAGGUUACUUUCUACCAGAAGCUUGAAUAAAUAUGGAUUAGGAGUUAAGAAAGAUGAACAGAUUAUUAACAGGGCAAUCUCUCCAGGGAUAAUUUAUGUAUUGUCACACCAACUACCAUUGAUCCACUGUGGCAAUUACAUUUACCUUACGUUUGCAAAAGAAUUGAGUGUAAGUACGAGUGUGUAGCAGUGACAAUGCUGGCAUCAGAUUAUGUAUCCUUGUGAAGUUUGUCACCCAGAAUGGGUAUGUGAAUCAAUAACUGUUUAGGUUUUACAAGAUUCUCAAACAUAAAAUACUCAAGCCAA